CCAGACAGUUACAAGAUAAACAGUUCACAAGAGAAGAAGAUCAUAAGUUAUAUUGAAAACUUCUGCAGACAGUACCAUCAACUUUACAAAGAUCGUAAAUCUUUGUUUAUCUGCCCUCUUAAUGAAUUUAAAUUGCCUAAAUUUGUAUGCACGACACUCCGUCCGAUGGAACUUUCAUACACGGAGUUGAAUGACUGGAGGGGAGCCAGUGAAUUCGUGGCAGACUACCUCGAUUACAUGCCUCUCAUUCAACCUUACGAAUUGCCGAGAAGUAUGUACUCGCCGACGACGGUCCUACAGUUCCAGCGCGGACACUGCUUUGAGUACAGCACGCUUCUGGCCUCCCUCUUGAUUGGUGUGGGCUACGAUGCCUACGUCGUCAGUGGUUAUGCCACGAGGGAGACCUGCCUCAUAGAUCAGACAAAUAAUCUCUGCCCAUUGCUCGUAGAUAAGAAAGAAGAGGUGGUUGAAGAAAAAGAAGAGGUGAACAAGAAGUAUAGGAUUCGUUCCCAGAUGGACCUGAAAUCGAUGUUUGAGAAGUUAAGGAGCAACGAGAAUGAUGAUGAUGAUGAUGAUGAUGAUGAUAAAGAGAAGAACUUCAGUGAUGAUAGCAAGCACACGAUGACGAUGGAAGAAACGGACAUAGAAGGAGACCCGCUGUACGGUUUGAGACCUCAUAGUUGGGUCCUUGUGUUAAGAGGCUCGCGAGAGAUCGAUGAAUCAUUCUUCAUCGAGCCAACCACAGGCCUCUCACACCAGCUCGACAGCUCCAACUAUCUCGGUGUCGAAAGUGUAUGGAAUGAUAAAAAUAUGUGGGUGUGCAUGCAAGAUUGUUCCGAAGGAGUCAAGAAUCUGACGUACGAUUUGAUGGAUGCUUCUAGAUGGGAGUACGUAUUUCGAAGAUACGAGAAUCUUCUGCGCAAAACUGCUUCGACUGCUGCUGCUGCUGCUAUCACUUCCUUAGCUACGCCCUUCGCUGCAGCUACCAAUAAUUCAAUAACUCCUGCUUUUCCGCCUUCCUGGACCAACCCUAUCAACAUCUCUUUAGCUGAUUUUCAGAAGAAGUGCCCGAACGGAAGAAAAGUUAUCCUCUACAAGAAGACCAAGUUGGAAAAGUUUGCCCCCAACCUCAUGCCCGAUGGUGUGGUGCUCAGGUUGUCCCUGUUUGAGGAUCACUCCAGAAGCAAAUUGUUGGAGGUGAGGGAGAUGUACAAAAAUCGCAUGGACAAGUUGGACAAAAGAGUUUACAAUUACAGAACUGGAUGGACCAGUGAAUACUUUUUACCCGGCAGACCCAACAAAAUGAAAGAGCACCACUUCAAAUCUAUCAGCAAUAAUUUGGAGAACCAGCGAGAAGCGGUCUAUUUUUCAAUUUCUCGCCCAGACAGUCUAGAGAAACGUGUUGAAACGAAAGACACGAUGACCGAAUACUUUGAAGACCGGGAUGACUUCCUCUAUUACAAGUACAAUGAAUACAUUGAAAGAACGAGAGGCAGUAGUUUGAGCGUUGGUUCCAUGAGAAAGAUAAGUGUAAGUCUGCAUUUCUCGGACGCCAGCAAGUUGAGCAAGGAUGAGGACAUAUACGAGAUAACAUUCAACCUGCUUGAGGAAAAGAUAACAGUUGUCUAUCACAGAGAAGACGACCGCAUAUCUGCCACCUGCAGAGAGUUCAUUCAACCAAAUCGAAAUGAUGAAAAGGGAAAGAAUUUGACCUGGUCACCGACUCAAACAAUGAAACAAAACAAACAGUCAGAUCCAAUGAAAAAAGAUAAGAAGAAGGUAGCCUUGUACCAGAUGAUGUUACAACUUUUGAAGCUCGAAGAGAAAUACAGCGAGAUGACGAGAGGAUCUGAAUUGGAGGUCCAGACCAUGCUACACGAGCGCAUGCAAGAAGAAAGCGCUGCACUUUUGGAAUCGUCAACAACCGAUCUCUUACACAGUGACAAGGCAAAAAAGAGGAAAGCAAUGAUGGAAAGAAUAGCGAUGGAGGAGAAGAUGGCGAAAGAAGAAAAAGAGUUGGACGUGAUGACGACGUUCCUGUCACGUUUCGGAGAGUUGGAUGGCCUGACCGAGGAGCAAAUUGAGAGGGCCAAGCAGGAUUGCCUCGAAGACCUUAAGAACCGCAUGAUUGAGAGGGCCAACCUCAUACAAUCAAGAUACGAUAAAGAGGUGAAUGAGCUGCAGAGGAGACAGGCCUGGUUCCAAACGAAUCAGAUGAUAAUGGUGAAGGAAGAGGAACAGGAAUACAUCACUUAUUGCAUGGAGGCCUUGUUCAGAAUACAAAUAUUGGAGAUGAGAUUGAAUAGGUUACACAAAGAACAAGCACCACUUAAGUACAGAGCCCUUGAAGAGAGGUUG